AUGGAUAGUUUGGAUGAUGUGCUUAAUUUUCUCGGAUGGACAUCAGAAUCAUUAGAUAACAUCCCCGAUAUCCAGAAGUGCUCGAUCAACAAUGGACACCUUAUUCCAAAGGACCGAGUUGACGUUCACAUGGAAAAAUGUCUAUUGCGACAGCAGGGGUACACGAAAGAGCAAAUUAAAGCUUUCUGGAGUUACUCUGAUGAAGAAAUUCGAAAGUUUUCGGAAGCUACACUGCAACCGAAUGCUGCCAAACUUCCACACGAUUUAACUUUUGAUCUAUCAAAACGUGAUAGAAAGAAAGUGUCGGACCAUGAGAAGGCUUUUAUGCGAGAUUUGAAACGUCGAAGGCAGAGCUACCGCGGCAUCCAUACCGCUAGAAAGCCUUACAUUGAGAUUCUCCGGGAAGUUAUAGAACACCAAACUGCACUUCUGAGCGGGUCUACAAGUUCAAAUUUGUAA